ACUUUCAUGGAUACCUUCCCAGAAAUGUCUUCUCAUUUCCCAUCCUUUGUCAUUCAACACGUAACCAUUUUCUUCCCUCCAUGUUAUUAAGCCAAACCCUUCCAUUUUCAUUUCUUUUUCUCUCAUACCCUCUUCUUCUUCUUCUUCUUCUUCUUCUUCUUCUGCUAAUUACUCUGCACACAUUUUUAAUUUUUUUUAUUUUUAUCUCAACACCAUUCAUGACCACUUCUUUCUCUGACCUUCUUUCUUCUCCCACCACCGACAACAACCUCGGAGGCUCCGAAAGACCUCUGGAGUUGUGGGAUCAUCAAACAGGUUCAGGUGUGCCAAAAUUCAAGUCCACACCCCCUCCCUCUCUCCCUCUCUCUCACCCUCCUAACAAUCAUUCUCUUCCACCCUUUUCUCCUUCUUACUUUUCCAUCCCUCAUGGGUUAAGCCUUGCUGAACUUCUUGACUCCCCGGUUCUCCUUCACUCUUCUAGCGUUUUGCCAUCUCCAACAACUGGAUCAUUUGCUGGUCAAGGCUUCAGUUGGAAGAGCAGUUAUGGGGAAAGCGAGCAACAUGUCAAAGAAGAAGACAAAAGCUUCUCAAGUUUCUCCUUCCAAAAACAAACACACCCUCCUCUUCCAUCUUCAACCGGAUUUCAAUCUUCAACCCGCAUAGUUCAAAACGGAUGGAGUUUUCCGGAAACUGCUAAACAAGAUGGUUUUUCUUCAAGAAUGAGUAUGAAUAUGGUGAAAACUGAAACCUCUUUUGAGAAUAACAACCACAAGGGUAGUUUUCAAUCAGAUUAUAAUAAUUACCAGCCACCGCCACCACCACCACAAGUUCAGACUUUAAGCAGAAGGUCAGAUGAUGGCUACAAUUGGAGGAAAUACGGGCAAAAGCAAGUGAAAGGAAGUGAAAAUCCAAGAAGCUACUACAAGUGCACAUACCCCAAUUGCCCAACAAAGAAAAAGGUUGAAAGGUCCUUAGAGGGGCAAAUUACUGAGAUAGUUUACAAAGGCACUCAUAACCAUCCCAAGCCUCAGGCUACCAAGAGGAACUCAUUGUCUGCCCCAUCACUUGCAAUUCCUCACUCAAAUAUUGUCAGCAAUGAAACACCACAUCAAAUAAUGGAUUCGGUUGCCACUCCAGAAAACUCAUCCAUAUCAAUGGAAGAUGAUGAUUUUGCUCAUAGUAAAUCAGGAGGAGAUGAGUUUGAUAAUGAUGAACCUGAUGCCAAAAGAUGGAGGAUAGAAGGUGAAAAUGAGGGAAUAUCAGCUGUAGGAAGUAGAACAGUGAGAGAACCCAGAGUUGUGGUUCAGACAACCAGUGACAUCGAUAUUCUAGAUGAUGGAUACAGAUGGAGGAAAUAUGGGCAGAAAGUAGUCAAGGGAAAUCCAAAUCCAAGGAGUUACUACAAGUGCACAUUCCCAGGAUGUCCAGUGAGAAAGCAUGUAGAGAGAGCCUCACAUGAUCUAAGGGCAGUGAUCACAACCUAUGAGGGGAAACACAACCAUGACGUGCCUGCGGCACGUGGCAGUGGAAGCAACCCUAUCAAUAGAUCAUUGCCAAACAAUACCACAAACAACACCACUAGUGCAGCCACUUCUACAUACGCUAACAAUUCUCUUCUUAGACCAGAAAGGCCAUCACAGUUCAACCCCAAUAUGCAGCAGAACUCAGGAAGUUUUGGAUUCUCAGGGUUUGGGAACCCAAUGGGGUCAUACAUGAAUCAGCAAUCAGACAAUGUGUUCCCCAAGGAGGAGCCUGGAGAUGACUCGUUUCUUGACUCUUUGCUAUGUUAAAGGAAUAUUAUCUUUUGCAUAGCCUUGGAUGGUUGGAAUUUUUGGAAGGGAUUGGUUUAAGAUUUUACUUGACCAAUAAGAUCGAUUAUUCAUUACUUUUUUUUUUUGGACAAAAUUUAGAUGUGAUAGUUUAGGUAAUUUUUUGUGGUUAUUCUCGAUUCAAAAUUAGAAUUUCAUUUCGGUAAUCUACUAUGUUGACAGUAAAGUUUAACAUAUAGAUUAUUUAGGUGAAAUUCUAAUUCUGAUGAAAAAAUAUCACUAAAAAUACUUAAGAAAUUGCAUAUAAUUUUUAUCCAUUUUUUGUUUCAUUUGUUUUAUUGUAUAUUUCCACACCCACAGGAUUGGUAUAUAUACAGUAUAUUUCAUUAUUAAUUGUUAUAUGCUACACAGGUGUUUGUAAAGUUUUUCUUAUCAUUAUUUUAGGAAUCUUGUGAUUUCAGUUUGA